GUUACACCGGUUCACUGAUUUGUCUCAUUUAAACAUGGAUUUCAUAGAUCCAAUUCUAAACAUAGCGGAGAAGUUGUACGCACUCUGCAGUGAGGUGAAAGCCAACAAGAAGCGUUGCAGGCGUCUGGCUAAACGUGUAUCUACCCUAACAGAACUGGUCAAAGUUGUAAAGAACAAUGGACUGGGCAGCAAUCCAGACAUGGUAAAUAGGGGCUUGCAUGAGCUAAAAACUACCCUGGAGUCAGCUGAGGAGGUGGUGAAGAAAUAUACAGAAUACAAAACCCUGAUACGCAUUGUGAAAGUAAACAACCUGCGUGAGGAGUUUGACACCCUAAACAUGCGGCUUAACGAUGCAGCACAACUGCUCUCGCUGGCCUUACAGGUGGAACAAAGAGAGAAAAUUGAUGAAAUCAAAAACUUCUUCCACGAAGACAAAAGAAGAAAGGAGGAUAAAGAGGAUACAAAGUGUGACAAUGAUGAACUCCAGAAUUUGCUCCAGUCAUUGGUGGUUCAGAUGCAGGAAAACAAGGUGAGUGUGGAUUCUGUGCACAUGAAAGUGGAACAAAAUCAGAAAGAUCUUCAGGACAUUAAAGCCAUGAUGGAAUCAAUUAAAAAACCCAGCAUUCAUCUGCCAGACAUUAGAGAGAUCACAGCAGAGGAGCUGUCCUAUGAAGAUUCAACAAAGCCUUUUAUGACCUCCAACCACACUGAGGUAUACAAAGGAGAGUUUAAUAAAUUCACUGUGGCCAUCAAGAGAUACACAAAUACAGUAAACACCAGCCCAGAACAAAUACGGAAAAUUUUUUGUCAGGAAGUGGACACCAUGAAGAGAUUUGAGUCGCCACACAUCCUAAGAAUGUUUGGGAUUUGUGUCCAGAAUGGGAAUGGCCCAAACCCAACCUACCUGAUAGUAAUGGAGUUCUGUGAGAAAGGCAGUCUGAGACAGGUGUUGGAUGGUCCCAACAAACUGACCUGGGACACAAAAAUUCACAUGUGUCUAGAUGCAGCACAAGGACUCUACAGGCUGCAUCAGUCAGAGCAGAAGUUUAAGGUACAUGGCUGCCUCUCCAGCAGUAAGUUCUUGGUGGCAGCUGGUUACACAGUGAAGCUUGGAGGUUUUGAGCUGGCAAAGACAGAAACAUCCCUAAAGAAAACCAAGACUAAGAAGCAUACCUCAACCAUUUAUGCUUCCCCACAGCAGCUGGAAGAUGUCAACUACCAAUACAACAAACCCUGUGAGAUCUACAGCUUUGGCAUUGUCCUGUGGGAAAUCGCAACACAACAGGUCCCUUUUAAAGACUGCUCCACUAAAAACGUCUAUAAGAAGGUAUUUGAGGAGAAAAUAAAGGAGCCCCUACCAAGUGACUGCCCCAGUGAGCUUAAAAAGCUUAUUGAUGACUGCCGCUCAUUCGACCCCUUUCAGAGACCCAGUGCUGGAGUUUUAGUGGACAAGCUACAGAAACUGGCACAGCAGUGGAAAGAGGUUUGAUGCUAAGUGCUGGACUCUGCUGAGUUAAAAUUCCACACUUAUUGCUCAGUAAAGAUAAUCAAAUAUUGUGAAGAGGAGACGAAAGAGAAAAAAAGCAAGAAUAUUAAAUGCCUUUUUCAGUGGGAAUGAUUUCUGGAUGCAAAUUAUAGAUAUGAUAGUGAUGACUGUACUACAAGUCAAGGGCCUGGAUAAGACUAUAAAAUUGAGCCUGGUUCAUAAGAUAACAAGUAAAUAAAAACUGUUAAUUCA